CCAUAUUUGAUUCAAUCUUCUAAGCUCGAGAGAGUUGGAAGCUGGGAUAGAUUCGGUACCCAAGUCAAUCAAUCAGCCGCAACCAGCCAUGAUACCGAUUGGCAUGAUUGCACUGCUGCUGUUGGCAUCGGUGAUUUCCACUGGCUUAGCCGCAGUACCGGUAUUGUUGGCCGAGGAGAACUCGUCCAUAGAGGAGGAGGCUGCUGCCAAUCUUCGAGGUCAAAGCACAAAUCAGCAUGUCACAUCUGCACACUCUCCCUUUCCCCCUGUCACCACUGAAGGGGCGGAUGCUCAGGAGGAUGCCGUUAUUAUGAAUAAAGUUCCGAUUGCCCAACAACAACUGCGAGGACAACGACGACAGUUGGACAAUAAUAGCAUUGGCGACUUUUCGCUUCCCAACAUUCCCACAGCACGCAUUGUUGGUGGGAGUCCAGUAGUAGACGUAGCUGAGGAAGGUUUGGACUUUUUCGCCCAAUGGGUCGCUUGUGGCGGUGUCUUGAUUCAUUCGGAUAUCGUCCUUACUGCCGCCCAUUGCUUGCUCAAUGACACUAAUGUCCUACAAUAUCCCGUCUUGGUGGGUGGACAAACGCGUCACCAGGCCCUGGAAUCCCGCACCAUUACGGGCCAUCGACGGCAUCCCAUGUACGCACCUCAUCUCUUUGAUGCCUACGACUUUCUCCUUCUCCAAUUGGAUGCACCCAUUACCAGCAUUACACCCGCCACACUCAAUACGGAUGCAGAGCUACCCAGCCCAAAUGCGGAACUCACCACCAUGGGAUACGGGCAUACCCAGGAAUUUGGCUCCAGCAUGAGUCCAACGUUGAACAAGGUCAAUGUCCAUGCCAUUCCCAACUGUACCGACUUGCAUGGUUGGUACCAAGAUAAAGUCAUGGACAUUGUCAUGCUCUGUGCCGGGGUAUUGGGGGGAGGCAAGGAUGCCUGCAAAGGGGAUUCGGGGGGACCGCUCGUGGAUGUAACCACCAAAGUUGUCAUGGGGUUAGUGAGCUGGGGUCAAGGCUGCGCCCGACCCAACGUGCCGGGGGUGUACAGCCGCAUCAGUGCUGUCACGGAUUGGAUCCAGCAACAGCUCUGUGACCUGUCAAGAGAACCACCCAGUACCUGUACUCGUUCUGCUCCAAGUCUGUUGUUGCCGCUGCCAACGCCCACGGCCUCGAUUCGCAUCGAUAUCGUCUACGAUGGCUUUCCCGCGGAAACGUCGUGGCAACUGACAGAACAAGACACUGGAACGGUCCUCCAUAAUAUGACACUGGGGAAUGAAGAAUCCGACGCCAACAGCUUGGUGUCGGUGGUUGUUUCAGGGCUACAACUGGGUCGAGUUUAUGUAUUUGAAAUCUUGGAUUCCUUUGAAGAUGGAAUCUGCUGUGAAUAUGGCAAUGGCUCUGUGGAUAUUGACAAGGUGUCCAGCACAGAUGCAUCUACAAGCUUGGGUGUCCUGUGGCAGCUCCCUGGAAACUUUGGCGCCCAACAGACUGUCAACAUUGUUCUGUAGCAGAUGGCUAGCUAGCUGUGCACCGUAGUGUUGGUGUCGCUAGCUGGAGAGCUACAGGAGGCUGAGAAGAAAGCUGUGCUCCAGCAGCUACCAGGCUCUCCUCGAAGAGUGGACCUACCGGUAGCUAGCUAGAGCAACGAGCCAACCUGGGAGCAUGGCACGCCUGAACAGCGCCACUGUAGUGGCUGUUGUUUGUUGUCCUUCCCGUUCCAUGUCAUUGGGCGUGCGGGUUGGUUUGGGACUCGACUCCCGAGUCAGAUCACGGUAAAUAAUGUUGCUUGCUGCAGCUGCCGCCAAUGCUGUCUGCAAGAGGAGCGAUACGAACAUACGAACGUUCAACUGCACCUCAAACGUUCUGCACCUCAAGAGAGACCUCAAGCGUCAUUGAAAAUGUUCCAGGGAGACAGCACCAAGAGCUCUUCAUCGACCAUGACGAACUGGUGUGCAUAAGGUAUCCACCAAGUUUAUGUUGGUGGUCCGCCACCACCUCACCACCUACACCUUGAGCCAGACUCGCUGUAUGUUUGGCUGCAGCAAGCUGUCAACUCCGUCAGCAAGAGGAGCGAAAAUGUUCAACAACUUCAGCUCAAAAGACCGACCUCAAGGGUCUUUGGAUAGGUUCCAGGGAGACUUACUUUAACAAUUUAAACAGAAGCUCUUCAUCGACCGUGUGUUUUGCACGAAGGUUUCUGAACUAACUGCAACCGUAAUCUGCCGAAGUACCUGAAGUGAUGUUUCAUCAAACAAUAAAAGUGCUGACUCCGGAAACACAAGCAAGACCAUGACCACCAGGGUUAAAUCCCCAACAUACCCAGUCAGCUGUAUGGUGCUGUACUGCUGUACUGCACAAGCGCGGUAACAAAUCCUCUCGGUUCCAUUCAAUGCAUCGACUAUUGCAAUAGCUAGCUAGCCGGUUCCUCCGAAGUUGUGCUGGCCAGCUAGCUAGUAGCCAGUAGCUCCAGGCUAUCCAUCGUAAACUUGGUUGCUAUUUCGGUAUCUAUCUUGCCUGGUCAGAGGCAACCCGUUUUAUGAUGGGGCGCAGCCGAUACCUUAUCUUAGUUCAGCAGUCAGAGACUGGCAGCCUCUGCUUAGCUGUGGUAUCUACACCGCACCCAUCGUUGGUCUCGAUAUCAUCUGAACCAAUGCGCCUACCGGUAGCUAGCUAUAGCCAGGCAAUCAGCUAAAGAGAAAAUAAUU